AUGUACACGUGUGAUUUUCUAAUAUUUAUUGGUAUUUUAUGGUCUUUAUCAUUGAUUGAUGCUAAACGACGAGGUCAAUCACAACAUAAUUUGGGUGAUUUUUGCAUUCCAGGUACAUGUACUAGUUUGAAUUCCAAUUGUAAACGUGUUGGAGGAAGUGCAUUUCGAUGUGUUUGUAAAGAUCAAUAUAUAUCUGUGAAUAAAACUCAUUGUGUUAGAGUUAUUAAUGCAUCAAUGGAUUCAACAUGUGUUUCAUGUAUGGAACGUGGUGGUGUUUGUUUAGAUGAAGAUUCUGAUAAUUAUAUGGAUAAAUGUUUUUGUCAAAUCGAUAGUGAUUUAUGUCAUGAUCGAACAACAGUAUCAUUAAUACCAAUGACAGAAUCGUUAGAAAAUAUACCAAUUGUAACACCAUUAUUACCAAGUCAAUCUGUUCGACAAGGUGAUCUUAUACUUGGUUUAUAUGAUAUAAAUCAACAACGUUUAAUUGAUAAUGGUGGUUCAGUUUUUAUUGGUGAUCGUCUUUUUAUUGAAAUAAAAUAUCGAACAGUUGAACACAAUCCUGAUCGUCAUCAAAUUAUAGCUGAAAAUUGUUCAAUAGCAUCAAGUGUAUCUGAUAAUGAAAUAAAAUUAGAAAAAAUUCCUCUAUUAACAAAUCGUUGUCCAUCAUUAGAUUCACGUUUAUCAAUACGUUUUCAACGUAUUGAUCCAGAUCAUAUUAAAAGUACUAUAUUUCAAAUGCAUAAAUUUGAUACAACAUCAAUUGUUUAUUUACGUUGUUCAAUAGCAAUAUGUUAUGGUCGAAUAGAAAAUUGUCAAGAACGUUUAUGUCCAGAAAUACGACGAUCAUCAACAUUAAAUCGUAAUUCAAUGAAUAUAAUUAAUUCAUCAUUAACAUCAACAACUGAUUAUGCUCCAUUUGAUUAUAUUGAUGAAGAUGGUGCAAGUGUUAUUGCACUACGACGACGAAAACGAGACGAUAUUGAUGAAGAACAAGCAAAACAAAAAUUAGCUAGAUUAUUAUCUGAUUUAACUUGGUCAAUAGAUCAAUCAUCAACAAAUAAUCUAUUUGAUGAAAAUAAUAAUUCUGGUUAUUAUGAAAUACGACAAGUACAACAACAAUUUACUAUUGAAUUACCAUUACCACAGCCAGCACAAAAAUCUAAAACAACUUAUGAAGCUCUUUAUAGUCGUUCAUCAUUAGCAAGUCAAGGUGGUAUUGAACGAUCAACUGUUAUUGCUACUAUUUCAAUUAUAUUUAUUAUUGGUAUAUCAGUUUCAUUAUUUGUUGUUUAUCGAGCUUGUUAUGUUGAAUAUGCACAACGAAGAUAUGGUUCACCAUCAUUUGCUGGUUUUGGUAAUGGUGGUGAAUCAAUCUAUGCUGGUAUAAGAAGUACAUCACAAGUUUGUCGUUAUGAUAUGGGACGUCGAUCUGAACAACGUUUUGAUGAAAGUUUGUUUGCUACAAAUGUGGAACCAAUAAGUGCUUAUCGACGACAAUAUUAA